AUGAGCUCAAUGGCGUCGGCCGACCACGCGAAGAGCGUAUAUGCUACUACCAGUGAAGCACUCCAAGCAGCCAAGCAACGAUUCGCAGAGCGGAACGCUAAAAGCUCGCAUCUACACGAGGAAUCGAACAAAGCCCUGCCAGGCGGUAAUACGAGAAGUGUACUUCACACUGCGCCUUUUCCGGUAUUCCUGAAGAGCGGCAAAGGGUAUCAAGUUACGUCCGAGGAUGGGCAAACCUAUACAGAUCUUGUUGGCGAAUUUACUGCCGCUUUAUAUGGCCACUCGCAACCCCUCAUACAAUCAGCGCUGGUCGAUACUAUCAACAACGUUGGUCUCAACUUGGGUGGAACGACUACCCUGGAGAUGAGGCACGCCGCACUGAUAUGUUCGCGAUACAAGCUUGAUCUCAUUCGAUUCACAAACUCAGGCACAGAGGCAAAUCUUCAUGCCAUCCAAGGAGCGAGGAAGUUCACCGGCAAGAGGAAGGUUGUAGUUUUCACAGGGGGCUACCAUGGCGGUUGUUACACGUUUCCGGAAGAUCACCCUGCCGAGAACUGUGUAGACCAAGAGGAAUGGAUUAUUGCAGAGUUCAACGAUGUUGAAGACACGAAGAGGAAGAUCGAGGAGUCUGGAGACGUAGCUGCAGUGCUCAUCGAAGGCAUGCAGGGUAGAGGCCCGUGUCUCGUGGGUACUCAUGACUUCCUGCAUCAAGUUCAGGAAUCAGCAAAGAAAGCCGACGCAAUCUUCAUUCUAGACGAAGUACAAACAAGCCGUUUGGCGCCGGGUGGGCUACAAGAAGUCGAGGGGUUGGAGCCAGACAUUACGACUUUGGGCAAGUUCCUCGGUGGAGGAAUUACAUUUGGCGCAUUCGGUGGGCGAGCAGACAUUAUGCGCGUAUAUGACCCACGGGAGAAGGGAUCUUUAGGACAUUCCGGCACUUUCAACAACAAUACGCUUGGAAUGACAGCAGGAUACACUGGCCUUGCGAAUGUGUACACACCCGAAGUCUGUCGCAACUUCAAUGCGAUGGGUGACAAACUUCGCCUCCGUCUUCAAGAGCUUUCGCAUGGAACCAAAAUGACCGUUACGGGUUUGGGAACGAUCAUGGGUAUACAUUUCUUGCAUGAUGGCAAGAAGGAACUAAGAAGCUUCCGAGAUCGGCAUGAGGACCUUGACCUGAGCAUGCUAUUCUGGCUCGAGAUGAUGGAAGCAGGAUUCUGGAUUACUCAACGAGGAAGCGUAGCCAUCAUCCUAGGUACACCCUGGGAGGAGUUACAAAGGUUCUCAGACUGCGUACGGGGAUUUCUGGAGAAAUGCAGGGGAUUGUUGAGUAUUUGA